GGGCACCCUCGGCCCAAAACGAUUUACAUUGGGCCUCAAAUAUGACCCACUAAAAUGUUUCCAGCGGCCAGCGGACAGGAAGGCAAAGUUUUAACAGUGAGAGUGGGACCCGCAUUUUGAAUCUCGAUAACUGCACUAGUAUGAAACGUGAGGAAACGCGCGUUUAGAUGAUAUCCAAAACUGGAUUUUAUCCACAGAUGAGAUGCCCAUGGCCGAGAGUUCAUAGUCUCUUCCUCUGCUUCUCCUUUUUCUUCCUCCUCUUGUAGCCCUCUUCUCUCUGGAACCGAAGUGCGUAAAAAAUGGCGAUGUCAUACAGCUGUAGUUGGAACGUUCUGGCGCCGGAGAAGGCGGUGUGGAAGUCUCUGCUAUCGCCGAGUCCUCUUACUGUGGGGAAUACUCGAGUGCUUCGGGUGGCGACGUUUGCGGUUGAGUCGAAGCGGUCGGCGACGGUUGGAGCUAAGGAGGGACGGGUGAAGGGAAUAAUGAAGCCCAGGCGCAUUUCCCCAGCUUUGCAAGAACUGUGUGGCGUCCCCGAAAUCGCUCGCACCCAAGCCCUCAAGCUUAUUUGGGCGCACAUCAAGGAGCACAAUCUCCAGGAUCCUGAAAACAAAAAGAUUAUAGUCUGUGAUGAGAAGUUGAAGAAAAUAUUUGGAGGAAGAGAUCGUGUUGGAUUUCUUGAGAUUGCUGGAUUAAUCACUCCGCAUUUUCUCCAGUAGGCCAGCUCAAGCAAAAUGGUUUCUAUGAGAGUAUUCUCUGUACAUGGUUCUGACACUAGGAAAAGUACUAGUUGAUACUCCGCCUUUGAAAUGUUCCAAAUGAAUCUUGCUCUUUGCUUUUUGAACUGUGUUAGAAGAGCAGGUGAAGAAAUUCUGGUAUGAUAAGAACUAGGUUCUUUGCUUAAUGAUGUUUGUGGUUACUUGGUAUCUUCUGCUAAAGACCAAAUGAGAUGAUCAUUGAAAUGAGAGUCCACAUUGAGGAA